AUGGCUUUAGCCGUUGCUUCGCUCGAUGAAAAGCGUCUUCUUUCCUAUCUCUUCAACACGUCUCGUGCGGACGCCCACAAUAUCCUUGAACGUCCGGUUAAUGAUGAACGCCUUUACUCGGUGCUGCAAAUGAAAGUUUUCCUGUGCCAGAUUGUGGACCUGGUCGGUGCGACCGAAUACUGCCUUGGUUACUGGUGCGAAGAGAAGACAUUAGAAGGUGAGUAA